AUGCCCGACAAAAAUCUGACAACCAUCUCCUAUGCCGCCGGCGCAUCUCUUGCCGCCAUUGCCCUCGUCUACGUCUUCGCACCGACCUUCACAAUCGAUGAGUCCAGCACCUCGUCCUCCCGCAGAAAGGGCGUCGUGGGCCUCCGCAAUGCCGCCAACGACUGCUUUAUAAACUCUACCUUGCAGGCUCUCGCAGGCCUCGGCGAGCUGCGUGUGUACCUCAUCCGCGAGACCCACCGCCGUAACAUCGACGAUGAGGGUGUCUACUCCCAAUUGGUCCAGCCGCCUGGCAAGAACUGGCCCGACUGGAAGAUCGAGGGCAUGCAGCGCGGCCUGGUCACCCAGGGCCUGAAGGACAUGCUCGACUCGCUGAACGAGAGGCCCAUUUACAAAAAAUCUAUUUCCGCAAUCGAUUUCGUGAGGGUACUGGAGCAGGCUUUUAGACAGCGCAUUUCUAGACAGCAACAGGAUGCACAGGAAUUUCUCCAGAUUGUCGCCGAGAGAUUAAAGGAGGAGUACCACGCCGGUGAGAGAGCUCGCGCACACGCACGACUCGCCGCCUCGCGAGGUAACUCGGAAGGAGCCUCAGUAAAUGGCGAGGCUGUCCAGCAGAAGCUCGAAAACCUCAAUCUCUCAAACGGAGAGACUGACAACUCCUCUUCCGCUUUGCCUACGCCCACGGUACCCACGAUACAGACCAAUGGGCUUCACACAUCGGUCGACGAGGACGAGGGUUUUCCCAUGGAAGGAAGAUACGAGUCGCAAUCAGAAUGCCAGACCUGUGGUUACAAGACGAAGCCGAGGGAGGAGACGUUCUACAUGCUGACCCUCAACGUACCCCAGACCAGCUCCACUACUUUGAACUCGUGCUUUGACGAAAUUUUCAAGACAGAAAUGAUUGACGAUUUCAAGUGCGAAAGGUGUAGACUGAUCCACGGCGAGGAGUCGCUCAAGAAGGAUCUCGCGAAAGCCAAGACCGACAGCGAAAAGGAAGCAUUGGAAGAAGCAAUUCGCAAGCUUCGCUACGCCAUCGACGUCGAUCCCGAGAACGUACCCGAUGACGUCUUGCUCCCCGAUAUCAGCGCCGCGCCAAAGCGAAAGAUUGCACGGUCGACUCGCCUCACAUCCUUCCCGCGCAUUCUCGCCGUCCACCUCUCGCGCUCCAUCUACGAACAGACCUCAACCAAGAACUCGGCCAAGGUUGCCUUCCCCGAACGCCUGCCUCUUGGUGGUCUCCGCGACCGCCGGAACUAUAAGCUACUGGGCCUCGUGACGCAUAAGGGCAGCCACCACAGUGGACAUUAUGAAUCAUUCCGGCGCCAAAACACCUACGCCCCCUACCCAAAUCAAAAUACGUUCCAGCCUUCGGGCAUUUAUAGCAAGACGGCCAGCCCCGCAGCCACGCCGCAGCCCUCGACGCCACAGCUCGAUGCGAUUGCCCGCGGGGCCAGCCCGGCCGCGUCGACCCCAGACUUGCUCACACCGAGCUCGGAAACGAACUCUUCGACGCCGUCCCUGUCCUCGUCCGACGCCUCGCCCAGAGAUCGCAUCAAGAAGCGCAUCAGCCCCACAUCCGCGCCGCGCGACAAGCAAAGGGAGCCCGACGCAGGCAGCAUCCGAUCCGUCAAGUCCAUCACCGCGUCGGCGCGGAGCACCGUGUCCAAGAUCUCGCAGCGCGUCAACGGCAACGGCACCCCCAGCCCGCCGGGAGCGACCCCGAUGGCGGUAGCACCGCGUCCGCCGGUACACAGGCGUAAGAAGCAGCCCACCGACCGCUGGUGGCGCAUCAGCGACGAGAAGGUUCGCGAGGCCAAGACGAGCGAGGUUCUCGACCUGCGCCGCGAGGUCUAUCUGCUCUUCUACGAGCUCGAGAGGGACAGCCCGUAG